CCUGUAUCUAUAGAGACGACAACAUGGCGGCGCUGUGAGUGCUGAGCGUUCGUCCCAGGGACUAGGGGAGCUUCGCGAGUGGCAAGGGAAGUUUGCAUUGCUUUGAUUCCGUCUGAACGCCCACUUUGCAACUGAAGGAGGCAAGACACGUUCAGAGGAAAAAGUAGAGAGUAAAAGCCAGAUCAAGGUAAUACCUAUGCUUCAGUGACACUCACUGGGGGCUUGCUGAGAGAUGCCACGUGUGGCCAUGAAGAGCAGGGCAGCAUGGGCCUCAUCCCCAGUUCCCUUUUCCAAGUGUCCUUCCUGAAUGGCACCCAAUGCUCAUCGAAGCAGCCCUGGACCUCUUGAGGACUGGGGACAGUGGGGACUGCACCAUGAACUCCGGAUCAUGCCUGACUGCCAGCACAAUGGCCAUUCCCACCAUCACUGGCAGCACAGCCAUGAGUGCCUGCAGCAGCAGCAACGCUAGCGCCUGUCCUGCCAGCUCUGUGGACACGAAGCUAUGCCUUCUAAAGAAGCAGGAAAAAAUGAAGAAGAGGGUCAUCUGGGGCAUUGAGGUGGCUGAGGAGCUACAGUGGAAAGGCUGGGAGCUGGGCAAGGAGAUCACCAAGAACCUGGUUCUGAAAAAUCUGUCCUGGAAAAUCCAGAAGAUAAAGUACAGGCCCCCCAAGACCAAGUUCUUCUUCACGGUCAUCCCCCAGCCCAUCUUCCUGAGCCCAGGCAUAACCCUCUCCCUCCCCAUCAUCUUCCGGCCCCUGGAGAAGAAGGAGUACAUGGACCAGCUGUGGUUUGAGAAAGCAGAGGGGAUGUUCCGUGUGGACCUGCGGGCCACCCUGCCUCGCCACAAUCUCAUCUGCCCACCGUCCCUGCAGUUGCCCAUGUGUGCCAUGGGGGACACGGCCGAGGCCUGGUUCUGCCUGGACAAUGUGGGGGACCUGACCACCUUCUUCACCUGGGAGUCCCCUAGCCCAUUCCAGGUGCUGCCUAACACGGGACUGCUGGAGCCAGGCCAGGCUUGCCAGAUCAAGGUGACCUUUCAGCCCCUGAUGGCUGUCAUCUAUGACGUUCAGGCCACGUGCUGGUACGGGGAGGGCAGCAAGCAGAAGAGCAGCAUUCAGCUGCGGGGUAUAGCCAAGUGUGCCCAGCUGCUGGUGAGCAUAAAGCAGAAGCGCCCAGAGGACCAGGAGGCCGAGGGCUUCCAGAAAGUGUUGCACUUCGGCUCUGUUGCUGUGGGCUGCACCACUGAGAGGCAAAUCAAGCUAUAUAACCCGUCAGCGGUGAGCGCCUCUUUCAGGAUCGAAAUGGCCCCAGAUACGCUGGCCAAAGACCAGGCCUUUUGGUGCCCCGUGGCCCACGGAGUCGUGCUCCCAGGAGAGAAGAAAUGCGUGUCGGUGUUCUUCCACCCGGAGACUCUGGACAUCAGGACGAUGGACUACUUGUCCAUCAUGCCCUCUGGCGGUGCCUCGCAGACCCUGCUCAAACUUGUUGGUUUCUGUAGAGGUCCUGAUGUGUCCUUGCAGUACCAUUGCAUCGACUUCAGCUGGGUCAACCUUGGGGAACGCUCGGAGCAGACUCUGUGGAUUGAGAACAAGUCAGACUGCACAGCCCACUUCCAGUUCGCCAUCGACUGUCAGGAGAGUGUCUUCAGCAUCAGACCUGCCUUCGGGACCCUGGUGGGCAAGGCCCGCAUAACCCUGCACUGCACCUUCCAGCCCACUCACCCCAUCAUCUACUUUCGGCGGGUGGCCUGCCUCAUCCAUCACCAGGACCCGCUGUUCCUGGACCUGAUUGGGACCUGUCACUCAGACAGCACCAAGCCGGCCAUCCUGAGGCCACAGCACCUCGCUUGGUACCGCACGCACCUGGCGCGGGGCCUGACGCUCUACCCGCCCGACAUUCUGGGCAUCAUGCUGAGGGAGAAGAAGCUGGAGCAGGAUAAGAACGGGGCCCUGAUGAUUCCCAUCGAGGACCUGGAGGACGUACCAGCCCUGCAGUAUCCCCUCAUCCCACCCAUGACCGAAUACUUCUUCGAUGGCACCAACGACAUGGCCAUCUUCCCCCCACCUGUCAGUCUUGAGCCUGUCGAGGUAGACUUUGGUGCCUGCCCCAGGCCUGAGGACCCCAACCCUGUCCCCCUGUGCCUGAUGAACCACACCAACGGCAAGAUCACUGUGGCCUGGACACGAAGGUCUGACUGCCCCUUCUGGGUGACCCCCAACACCUGCGACGUGCCCCCCCUCAAGUCCAUGGCCAUGCGCCUGCACUUCCAGCCGCCUCACCCCAACUGCCUGUAUGCCUUGGAGCUGGAAGGCUUCGCUGUCUAUAAGGUCCUACGGAGCUACAACAAUAUUGAAGAGGACUGCACCGUGUGCCCGUCCUGGUGCCUGACGCUCCGGGCACGAGGCCACAGCUAUGGUGCCACCUUGGAGCACCACAUCCCGCAAUACUCCCUGCAUGUCCCCAAGCUGUUUCCUGCAGUUUCGCCCGGUGAACCCUCCUACCGCAGCCUGCUCCUGAUCAACAAAGGCUCCAUGCUGCUGACCUUCAACCUGGCCCCCCAAAGCAGCCCAGACAUCUCCCUGCGGCCCAGCUCAGGCCUCGUGGCCCCUGGGGCCCACCAGAUCUUCCUCAUCUGCACCUACCCCAAGGGCAACUCCUGGAGGCAGCACGUUUUCUACUUGCAGUUCAAUCUCUGCCCCCAGUAUCUCCAGGAGGUGAGCAUGCAGAGCCGGGAGGAGCCACUGCAGCUGAAGCUGGACACCUCUAAAAGCAUCUUCUUCAAGCCCACCUGGGUGGGCUGCUCCUCCACCAGCCUCUUCACCUUCCGUAACCCCACGCGUCUGCCCUUGGAGUUUGAGUGGAGGGUUUCCCAGCAGCUCCGAAAGAUGCUGGCAGUCCAGCCUGCCAGAGGGAUUAUCCAGCCCAACGAGAGCCUCACAAUGACGUGGACCUUCAGCCCCCUGGAGGAGACCAAGUACCUGUUCCGAGUGGGGAUAUGGGUCUGGGAAGCCGGCCUGCCCCCGAACACCAAGCCUCCCACCACCACUCACUACAUGCUCCGGCUGGUGGGCCUGGGCAUCACCGGCAGCCUCUCUGCAAAGGAGAAGGAGCUGGACUUUGGGAACAUACUGGUGAACAGCAAGCAGUCCAGGACGCUGGUGCUUCUGAACGACGGCGACUGCACCCUCUACUACCGCCUGUUCCUGGAGCAGUGCAGCCCUGAAGCUGUGGACAACGGCCCUCUCGCUCUGCAGCUGGACCGCACAGAGGGGAGCAUGCCACCCCGGUCCCAGGACACUAUCUGCCUGAUCGCCUGUCCCAAGUUCCGGUCCCAGUACUCCUGGACCAUCAGCUACUCUCUCCUCUCCCACAGAGAUAACAAGGUUGGGGAGAAGCAGGAGCUGUGUCGUGUCUCCCUGAUGGCCGUGUACCCCAUCCUCUCCAUCCUGGACAUCUGCUCCAUGGGCAGUGCCCAGGGCAUCACCCGGAAGCACCUGUGGCGCCUCUUCUCCCUGGACCUGCUCAACAGUUACUUGGAGCGUGACCCCACCCCCUGGGAGCUCACCUAUGAGGUGCCAACCCGGCACAGCACCAGCCAGACUCCUCCUGUCUUCACCCCUCUGAAGCUCAACUUCAAUUUUGGGGCAGCACCAAUAGAUGCCCCACCCUCCGUGGUGCUGCUGGCGCUGAAGAAUAGCGGACUGGUACCCCUGGACUGGACCUUCCUCUUCCCAAGCGACCAACAGAUCAACCUGGAGCUGUGGGCAGAGCAGGCAGAGUUUAACUGCACCGAGUUGCACCAAAUGCGUGUGCAAGACAAUUGCAUCUUCUCCAUCAGUCCCAAGGCUGGGAGCCUGAGUCCCGGGCAAGAGCAGAUGGUGGAGUUCAAAUACAGCCACCUGUUUGUUGGUACCGAUCGCCUCCCGGUGCUCUUCAAGGUGUCCCAUGGCCGGGAGAUCCUGCUAAAUUUCAUAGGUGUGACAGUGGAAUUGGGGCAGAAGUAUGUGCACUUCACUUCCACCAGCCAUCAGUUCAUCCCUGUCUCCAUUGGUGACACACUACCCCCGAGGCAGAUUUAUGAGCUGUAUAACGGUGGCUCAGUGCCUGUGACCUAUGAGAUCCAGACCAACAUCCUGUCGGAGGUUCAGGAAAAGAAUUUUGAUCACCCCAUCUUCUGCUGCCUCAACCCCAAAGGGGAGAUCCAGCCAGGCACAACUGCUCAGGUCUUGUGGAUCUUCUCACCCAUUGAGGCCAAGACCUACACGGUGGACGUGCCCAUACACAUCCUGGGAUGGAACUCAGCCAUCAUCCGCUUCCAGGGGGUGGGCUAUGACCCCCAUGUCAUGGGGGACACAGCCCCAUUCCACAACAUCUCCUCGGGGGACAACAGCUCCAUCCACUCGAGGCUGAUGGUUCCUGGACAGAGUGUCUUCUUGUCCCAAUCUCAUAUCUCCCUGGGAAACAUUCCUGUGCAGAGCAAGUGCAGUCGCCUGCUGUUCCUCAACAACAUCUCCAAGAAUGACACAGUUGUCUUUGUCUGGCAGCUGAAGCCUCCAGAAUCUGGGGAGGUAUCUGUGAGUCCCAUAAAAGGAAAGGUGGCUCCUGAAGAAACGAUCCCAUUUGUGGUGACCCUGAAGGCCUCAGUGCAUGCCAGCUUCUACAGCAUUGACCUAGUAUGCAAGGUGUACCGGCAGGAACUCCUGAAGCAGUACCAUAAGGAGCUGCAGGAGUGGAAGGAUGAGAAGGCACGGCAGGAAGUGGAGUUCACCAUCACAGAUAGGAAAGUGAAGAGACAGGCCUAUUGUACAGCUUGUGAACCUGUGAGGAAGUACAAGACACUGCCCCCCAUCAAGAACCAAGAGUAUCUCAACCGGCCCACCAGCUGGAACCUUAAGAUCCCAAAGGAGGAGACACAUUGGCCAUGCCCCCAGCCACCCUCACCAGGCAUGCUCUACUUAGGCCUCACUGCCCGCGCCCAUGCCACCGACUACUUCCUGGCCAACUUCUUCUCGGACUUUCCCCGCCACUUCUUGCACCGGGAGCUGCCAAAGAGGAAGUGCCCCAGGAAAGAGUCGGAGGCUGAUGAAGACUCCCUUGAGAUGUGGGCCCUUGUCUCCAAGCAAGAGAAGCAGCUCCUGGUUGACUGUCUCACCACCAUCAUCAGGGGCCUGCUGGAAGAUAAGAUCUUCCAUGAGGCCGUGGACCAAAACCUGGUGGAGCAGAUGCCUUACUUCUGCCAGUUCUGGAAUGAGCAGUCGGCCAAGUUCACGGUCCAGAAGAGCAACCUGCACUUAAUGCCAGACCCAUCUCUGUCCUCCAACAGCUCGGAGGACAGCAGAGACAAGGAAAAGGAGGAGGGUAAGCGGAGGCUAAGGAAGAAGGAAGGCGGGGAAGAGGAGAAGGAUGAAGAGGAGGAGGAGGAGGAGGAGCAGGAGGAGGAGGAAGAGGAGGAGGAGGAAGAAGAGAUGGAGGAGGAGACGGACGAGGAGGAGGAGACCGGCAAGGAGAAGCUGGAAGAAGAGGAGGUGGAGGAAAAGGAGGUGGAGGAGAAGGAAGAGAAGUUGCCCUGGAUGGACAUUAAGCCUGAACCGCAGCCCACAUCCCAUGAGUCCCUGAAAUGGCAGUGGCAGCAGCAGCUGAAGGUUGUGAAGGAGAGGCAAGAGCAGGAUGAGAAGGAGGCCAUCAGCCGGCUCCCGGCUUUCGCUAACCUGCAGGAGGCGCUGCUGGAGAACAUGAUCCAGAACAUCUUGGUGGAGGCGAGCCGCGGAGAGGUGGUGCUCACCUCGCGGCCGCGCGUCAUCGCCCUGCCACCGCUCAGCGUUCCCAGGAUGCUGACUCCCGACUUGCUGCCCGCGGCGCCCCCGGGGCCGCAGCAAGGGGAUACGAGCGGCACCACGGCACUGCCCCCUACCGACUAUUCGCAGACACCAGCACACAGUCCCCCCUCCGACCUUCACCUCUAGGUUCCUACCGGCGCUCUCUCCGUCACCCCGCCAGUAAAGGAUCCAGCCUUUUUUCCUAUAUCUGCCUUGACUUUAUUUAUCCGAUGCGACAAAAACGCGCGCGCGCGGCCUGAGAGGGACAGACGGUAGAAGCGGCCAAAGUGACUCCUUGAAGCCUUAGGGACUGGGAGGUCGCGCCUCUCCACUCCACACCUCAGUGAGGCGAGACGCAGCCGGAUGCUGGACCUGGUCUGGCCAGUGGAGGGCGCUUCGGGCGGAGCCUCGCUGGCCAUUGCCCCAACAGAGCCUGGGGACAGGAGCCGAGCGCCAGGCCCGGUCUGCGCAGCAGGUGGCCGCAGGGCGAGGUGGCCACCCCUCCCCUUUCCCCACCGCGCCUGCUCCGAGGCUCGGCUCUUCCACCGCCAGCUUUUUCUCAGCAUCUGCCGGGCUCCCGGGACUCUGCUAAGAGAUUGGGAAGGAAGGGAAAUCGAGGCACGUGCGAAGGGUCAAGAACUAGACACUGGGACGCGGGUGGAGAUCAUCGCUAGAUAGCGGGCCACAGACCCUACUAAACGACUCCUGUCAUGAAUCUGAGUCCCCAGGAGGGGACGUCCCACCUUCCCUAGGAUACCCACCUCCUGCUCCCCCUAACCUCCGCCUGGCAGCCUCUGUCCUCGGCUCCUCCCCCGCCUUCCCGAGGCAGGUGGGUGGAAAAGUGACAUCUGGUGUUGUUCCAGAGGCGCCCAGGUCCCCGACACCCCCCCUCUACCCCCACCGCCAAGGCCUCGGUGGAGCUCUGGCCCCAAAGCCCAGGCGGGGGCGGGGAGAGGG